AUGAAGUCAAUGGGAAGAACUGAUGCUGAUGUUGACUUCAAGACAUCAACAAUUGGUGGCCUAUUGAAACAAAUACGAAAGGCAAAUUUCCAUGAGGUGGAUGAAAACUCUCCUGGUUUGGUUGAGGUUUGGGUUUGCACAAUUGUUCCAAAAUAUUCCAAGUCAAUCCUAAGAUUCGUUCAGAAUCAUGUUGAUCACGAGGAGCAAGAACGACUUCAUCAUUUGAAGCGGUUUAAAAAGCACGGAGAGGGAUCUAAUACUCGAAUUGUUGCUAUCUUGUGCACGGCAAGGUACAUGGAGUAUGAACAUCUCCUUUCGCUUUUAGAAGACGAAUCAGGGGUGAUAAUUGAAGGUGAUAGUCUCAAAAUUUUGCUGGUUCCAAAGGAAAUACCCUUAACCAAGGAGAUUUCUCAGAAGUGGAGUGACCUGAUCUGGCCCAUUGCAUGGAAAGGUAACCCCAACCACCAAGCCCUCCUCACUGCUGGCUUGGAUUUAGUGCAAGAGAAACUUGUAGUCAAGGCUCUAUUUGACGAAUUGAAAUCUGAGCAUCCGUUUGUCACGAUUGUGGCUGAAAAGCAAUCUUCAAAUGGGCAAAUAAAGAUUCUCCAUACAGCCAUUGAUGAGAGGAACGACCAUCCAUUACGUCAUAGUAUCAUGAAUGCAAUUUCAAUGGUUGCCCUAGAAGAAAAGUCACGAAGAGGAAAUUUGACGAAUGAUAGAAAUGGCUACUUAUGCCAAAAUUUAUUGUUCUACACUUCAUUUGAACCUUGCGCCAUGUGCGCCAUGGCUCUAGUACACUCCAGAAUUGAAAGGCUUGUCUAUUUGAAUAAACACAAGCGUGGAGCCAUUGAAAGUUCUUAUUUCAUUGGAGACAGAAGAGACCUCAAUUGGACUUUUGACAUUUGGAGAUGGGUGGGAGAGAAUGAUCAUCUUCCUACUGAAGAUGUAUCACACUUAGAUCCUUAG